GAGAGAGAGAGAGAGCGGAGAGAAAGCAUCCGGGAAUUCCGUUGACUCCACCCAAAUUCCGCUGACUCUCAGCAGCUCUGUAAAUAUGGCGGAGCCCUUCUUGGGGAGUUCAAGCCCAGACAUUAUGUUGCCUGAUUAUGAUGAUGAUCAAACACCUGAAGACGAGGAGGUUCCAGAGGGAGAAACUAAUUUUGGCAAUGAGAUUGAAGAACUUGCAAAGGAACAAGAAAUGCCCAUUCAGGAGCUCUUGAGUCUGUAUGGUUAUAGAGGCAGUGGAUCACUUGAGGAAGAGGAGGAAGAUGAUGAAGAGGAUAUGGAUGGAGAGGUUGAAGAGGAUGAGGAGGAGGAGGAUGAAGGAGAGGAUAUGGAUAAUGAUGAAAGCAGCAGAAUCAAUGGAGAACUGAAGAAGACCAAGGUCUGUCCCAUAAGAUCCUAUGUCCCAUAAUACAUAUCAUGUAAAUGACACUAUUUAAUAAUAUAAAAUAUUGUUGUUGAUCACA